AUGGACAAUCAGUAUGCCCUGGUCCUGGAAUGGCCCAGGCCCUGUAUGGACCUCUUUGCUUUCACUAUGCUUCAGGGCGGCCACCUGUCUAAAGCACAGGCUUGAGACGUCAUGCUGCAGGUGAUUUGGGCGGCUCGUCACUGCUGUGCCCGUGGAGUGUUACACAGUGACAUCAAUUUAGAGAAUCUCCUCAUCAACACCAGGACCAUGGAUAUCAAACUGAUCGAUUUUGGCUGUGGGAGACUGCUGAAGGACAGCCCCUACUCCUCAUUUACAGGUAAUUUUAUGCGAUAGA